AUGCAGAAGAAGCCGACGAUGAUGUUCUUCCCUGGGAGGAAGAGAGUGGUCUUCCGCAAGGGGCCAAGGGGAUUCCUCCAAUGUGACCCAACCCCAGAAGCCCAGCGCAUUAAGGACAACCCCGCCGCACUGAGAGACCAGUCAGCGCCACUGAGGGAGGACCUGGUCCGCCAAAAUGCCCUGGCUGAGGUCCGACGGCGAGGAGGGGAUGCCUCAGACCGUUUGGAGGUGCAGGGGGACUACGUCCUGCAGUUUGGGAGGUACAAGGGCCAGGUGUUCCGAUGGCUGUUGGAGAACGAUGUGGGCUACAUAUUGUACCUCUUCGACAGCCUGACCAAGGAGGAGGAAGCCGGGAUUCAUGGCGGGGAGGGCCAUGGCAAGGUCAACUUGCACACCUUCCUGAGGUACGCUCGGAGCUACCAGGAGAUCGAGGCGCGCCUGGCAUACGAAGCUGCCCAACCCCAAGCUGCCCAACCCCAAGCUGCUGAUGCUGCCCCGCUGUCAGACCACGACCGACUGGUAGGCUUUGGGAAUAGACCAAAGUCCACCUGGGGAGAGGUAUGGGAGAGCAGGGCAGAUGGCUACGCCAGCUUCAUCUUGAGCCAGCAUUGCACCAAAGGGACCAAGAUGGACAAGCUCCAGCAGUACUUGCGGAGGAGGCAGCAAGAGACUGCCACCGCCCCAGUAAUGGAUGAGGACGAGGAGCUGGAGAGGGCAAUGAUGACCAUGUCACCGUCCAAGCUGGAACGUGCAGCGCCAGAAGCAGGACCUGCAUCAGCGCCGUCUGUACCAGUGGAGUCAUCAAAGACAGUUUCAGCUACACUGUCUAGGGCCCCCACUGCUUCCACACUGCAGGCGUCGCCAGUUACAGCACCACCAAGUGUGAGGAGAAAGAAGCCUGUGCCCCUUCCUCCACAGCUGGCGUUCAUGGCGACAUCAGACACUCAGAUGCACGAGGCAGAGCAAGUUCGUUCACCUGCCCCAGUACCUGUUCCGGCUCCAGCCCCGCCACCUGCUCCGGCCCCUCCACCUGCUCCGGCCCCUCCACCUGCUCCGGCUCCUCCACCUGCUCCGGCCCCGCCACCUGCUCCGGCCCCUCCACCUGCUCCGGUGCCUGUACCUGUGCCUGGCCGCGACUAUGACGUCAUGAAUUGGAGCUGCUCCCACCCUCAGAAGACCUGGAUGAGGACGGAACUCCAGAGCCUCGGGCUGUGGCCUGGGUCACGACCCGUGAGGAACCCUGGAAACAUCAUCUCCCUGUGGCGUCAUCCCCCGCAGCCAGAGCUUCUGGACACCGUGGCAGACCUUCCCUCACCUAACUUCUUUCAGCUCCACCCUUUCUUUAUAUGGAAGCCCGAAAGUGACAUCAUGGCCCGCCUGAGGAACAACUACAUCCUGCCCUGUCUCCAUGACUGCCAGCAUCCUCACAUUGUCUCAUCUGGUGUUGGGAGGCCUCGCGUCAUUGUGGGAACCAGCGGCCAGUACUACAUUAUGUCGUCACGACUCUCCUGCAAGGCCUGUCGGAAGGUCUGGUUUGCUGACAACCCCCGGUGGAUCGAGAAGCUGCCGAAGCGGUUCACCCACCUCUUGCCCGCUUUCAUCACCUACAAGAAAGCCAUCUGCAAGUCUGUAUUGGAUGAGCUCAGGCGCGGCAGCAGGUCCCCCACCGACAUGGCCAACCAGGUCAACGAGCUGAUGCACCUGAAGUACGAGCGGGCUCACCUGGCAUAUCUUCUGGCCAUCAACAACGUCCGGGAUGGCGAGACUGGGCUCUACGGGCAGAGGACCAUCGGCCAAUACCUCACGAGAGAGAGGGCGGCCCCGCGUGACUUCGGCCGGUACGAGGACGCAGAUGGGUGGUGUGGCGUCUCCGUGUCGGCGUUCUACCUCACCGACUGCCUGCUGGACGAGUACCGGCGUCAAGCGCCCAGCAUCUCCUCCCUGCUCCAGGGAACGUUUGGCCGCGUGUUCCGCUCCGACCACACCCGGAAGGUGGCCCGGAAGGUGACGCUCUCGUCUGGUGUGAUGUCCAGCUACGCCGUCAUGAACGAGAACUGGCUCAUCGUUUCCUGGGUCAUGGUCCACUCAGAGACGGAGAAGUCCCUGGAGCCAAUGUACCGUGGGCUGGCCAAGCGGUACGACGACGCUGAGGUGGAGAAGGCCGGCUACCACUGGAUGGACAGGGAUUGCUGUGCUGCGUUCAGGAUCCCGGAAAGCUUCCCUGGUGAGCACCUGGACUGGAGGGCAUGGGAAACCAACCCAGCCGUGGUCGCGGGGGCUGUGUCCGGUCAUCUGGGGAAUGCGUCUGCCUCCCGGACCUGCUACAACCCGGACAUCAGCGUGAGGCUGGAUUUGUUCCAUUGCAUGCGGCGGCUGUGUCGGGAGUGCACCUCAGAGCACCACUCUCUCUACGGCUCCUUCUGCCAGAUGCUUUCCGCGGCGUUCCUGAUCGUGGACCAGGACGACCUCAAGCGCCUUCAGGAGGCCUAUGUGUUCUGCGGGAUACAGCCACCCAAUCCCACAAAGCAGCACAUCAGGGAGCACUGCAGAACCAAAGUCCCCGGCCCCAUGGAGCUGCUCGGCAGAGUGGAGAGGGUGAUGAGGCACUACCAUCUGGCCAAAGACCCCAACGACGUCCCGCUCUCAAAGCCCUCCAUGCUGAAGUGCUGGAAGAUCCAGAGGGUCCACGUCUUGCGCGGCUGCCUCAGCGAUCCCGAGCUGGCAGAGGGCAUCAUGUACCGGCACGGCGGAACUCUGCAGCUCAAUCACGUGCCUGGCGAGGGAGCUAGAGUCCCCAUCUGGAUCCCUGUGAGGGGUACGUCGCAGCAGGAGGGGUACCACUUUCACCAGGCGCAGUGGGUCACUGGGACCCAGGUGUCCCCAGAGCUUUUCCAAGCCCAGGGCAUGAUGGGGGUUGCGAGGUGGAACUUUCAGCGGCUGGUGUCUCUGAAGUUGCCUGGCGUCGUCCUCCCUGCCGUGUUCGACCCAGCGCUGAUGGUGGACUUGAAUGCCGCAUCACUGGAGGCAACAGCUGAGGACAAGUACCCCAUCCUUCGCCUGUCUGGCAGAGACACGGGAGAGUGCUUUGGCCUGGAGUACACGGAGCCUGGCUGCCGCCCGGUUCCUCUUGACUGGAACAAGCACAGGAGCCAGCGAGAUGAGCCAGCACCAGAAGCAGCACCUCCAUCCCCAGUUCGUGCGCCGUCACCUGAACCUGCUCCUGCUCCAGCUGCUGUAGAGACACCCUCACGCUUACCUACUCCAGCUCCUCUCCUCCGUCGCCUCAGCAUGUGGCGUCCUCGCACACCACUGCAGCUGCCCUCUCCACCGUAUGGUCUGCCGUCCACUCCGAGGAGCGCCCGCACUGGACCAGUCAAAACAGGUGGACGCGUGUUUGUGCUGGACUUCACCCGCUGGACGCCCCCCAUGAGAGACGCCAUCGACCACCUGCUGCUGAAGCACCGGGGCCAGAAGGACUACCUGCGGCUAGUGGACCAGGAGUACGGCGACAUGGUUCACCGCUCUGCUGCCGACCCCAACAGCUUGUUGCACCCCACCACCAGGCUGCACAUAUCCCGGUAUGUGAAGCACACUGCCAAGCAGCUUAACGCCAGCUCAGCACUGAACACCAGCCAGGAGAGGGUGCUUGAGACACAGCAGCUGUGGCAGUCCCUCACUGAUGGCAGUGCAACAACCACUGUGCCGGUGGUGACACUUGAGCCAGCCGGUCCUCCUCCUCCCCCUCCCCCUCCUCCUCCUCCUACGCCGGCAGCGUUGACACCGGAAGCCCUUGAGCGCCUGGUGAAGGGCAUUGUGGAGCAACAGCAGCAGCAGCAGAGGAAGAAGCAGAUCAAGACCUGUCUUGCUUGUGGACAGCCCAAGUCGCGCUACAGUACUGGUGGAUCCUCAGUCCACUACUACUACCAGAUGGGCCAAGACAGGUACUUUUACUGCUCCAAAAAGGUCCACGACACGUACGCUGCUGAGGGUCUGUCUGACACUGCCAUGUCUUUUGAAGACUUUUCAAAGACGGACUUCUUUCCGAGGGAGCUGGCAGCUGUGAAGCAGCGUGCAGCGGACAAAGCGGACAAGCAGAGGAAGAGGCAAGCGCCUCAGCCAGAGCCAGUGGGGAGGCUCUGCAGGUUUUGCCGCUUGCCCAUCAAGCAGGGACCAAACAGCCCACACAUACACACCAGCUUCCCAGGUGUGCCAGGCAACUACAUAUACUGUCCAGCCAAAGUCCUGAACAUUUACAAGGACAGGGGCAUGCAGACUGAAAUGACCUGGCUUGAGUUCAAGGACUCUCCUUUUUAUGAUACGGAGAGAAAGCGAUGGGUGGAGGAGAGGAAGAAAUGA